AUGUCAAUUAUACGAGAAGAUUGGAUUCAACAACAAUUAAUCUUACGACAGGCUGAAUAUACUCAAGUUCAAUCCAUUCGUCUCCUUACAGGCACAUGGAAUGUUAAUGGAAAGAAACCUUUAGGAUCGACGGAAGCUCCCAAGCUUCUUCAUUGGCUACAGCCACUCCAAGCAGGUUAUCAGGAAAAUGGCGAGGAUGAAGACAUGCCGGAUCUUGUGGCACUAGGUUUUCAAGAGAUUGUCGACCUUAAUGCUGUCAAUGUGGUCGUGAAUAGUACAUUAACCGUUCAAAGGAGUUUAGCAUGGGAAGAAGCAAUUCUAACAGCUUUGAAUCAAUAUCUUGGACGUGAUACAAGCACCUCGUUGGACACACCCGUGCAACAAUAUAAAGUUGUACUGGAGAAACAUCUUGUGGGUAUUUUACUCUUGGUGUUUGUUAAAAUUGACCAUUGGGACCAUGUAAAGGAAAUUAAAGGAGCAACUGCUGGUGUUGGGAUUAUGGGCGUCAUGGGGAAUAAAGGAGGAGCAGCUGUACGACUUCAAUUUUACAGUAGCACCUUGUGCUUUGUAUGUGCACAUUUAGCUGCACAUCGAGAAAAUGUCAUUGGAAGGAAUGUUGAUUAUCUGAAUAUUCUCAGCAAAGUGCACUUUGGAGAUAACGCAGAAGAUGGAUUGACUGCUUCGGUCCAAGAUAUGAGUGGCAGGUUUUGGAGUGGAGCGCCGUCAAUCCUCAAUCAUGACUUUGUCUUUUGGACUGGUGAUUUGAACUACCGUAUCCAGGAUACAUUGACAACCGACGAGAUCUUUCGUAUGGUAAAAAGUGGAAGACAUUUGCACGAGUUGGUGCAGCACGACCAACUUACGAUCGAGCGGCAGCGAGGUAUGGUAUUGAAGGGCUUUGAAGAAGGUGUGAUUUCGUUUCCUCCAACGUACAAGUUCCAGGCUGGGACGUCUGUAUAUGAAAAACGGCCCGAAAAAAAGCUUCGUGCUCCAGCGUGGUGUGAUCGCGUUCUAUGGAAAGCAAAGAACCCAUCAGACGUGAAGCUUCUCAGUUACAAUUCUGUUCCUGCCUUGGAAAUGUCCGAUCACAAGCCUGUUCACGCAUUCUUUGACGUACAGGUGAAGUUCCAAGUGGAGUCGAAGAAAAAUGAGGUAAUUCGUGAAAUUAUGAUGCAGCUGGAUAAAUGGGAAAACGACAACAUGCCUAAGGUCCGACUGUUUCAAGCAGAUGGUAGUACCAGCAGUGGUGUAUUUUCGUUUUCGGAGCUAAAAUUUGGUGUCGAACAGAGCAAGAAAGUGACCAUUGAGAACACAGGACUAGUUGUGACGCACUUUCGUUUCAUUCCAAAACUGGAAGAUGUAGCAGUAUGCAAAUCUUGGUUGAGUGCUACACCAAUGUUUGGUAUGAUUCCGCCAGGAGAGAAGAUGGAUAUUUGCAUAACCGCUCUCGUAGACGAGACUGUUGCUCAUGGCUUAAGUAGCGGUGAGGAAACUUUGGACGACACUAUGAUCUUGCGUGUCGAGAACGGUCGUGAUUAUUUUCUGGUAGUUUCUGGACAAUACGCAAAUUCUUGUUUUGGAAGCUCCCUUGAGCAGUUGGUGGCGAGUGUAGAGCCUGUCCGACAAACUAAGUUUACAGCUUCGCACGCUCCUGCGUCAUCAGUCUUUAGCGUUUGGGUGGGUGGAGCAGCAGGUGUUGACGCCAAUGCACUGGUCGCUCCUCAGGUGUCUAAUGUGCCACCGAGUCCAGUGACUAUUUUGCAGAAGGUGCCUAAGGAGCUUUGGCGAAUGGUGAACGAUAUAUACGGGAACUUCAUGCAAGAAAAGAAUCUGUUUGUUGAGGCAGGCAGUAAGGUAGAGAUUGUGCAGCUGCGAGAAGCUUUGGACACAGGAGCCCCGUUUCCAAGCCAUAGUGGAUACUCCACGGCGGAGUUGCUUGUGCGUUGGCUUCAAGCAUUGCGGCAAAGUGUCGUGUUAGACGAAGCUUUAGCAGCCGCAGUAGCGAGUGCUAAUGGCAAUAUGGGACAAGGUUGUCGAGUAUUGUUGGACGCUUUGCCUCCAGUGCGCUACAACGUCAUGGUAUAUUUGGUGUCUUUCUUGCGAGAAGUGCUCAAGCACAGCGCCACAAACAAGCUAACGCCCGAGAAGUUGGCGUUUGUUUUUGGUCGGUGUCUCGUGUCUUCGUGCAAAUUUGGCUUGAACAAGGAUUUGGCCUACUCAAAAGCAGGUCAUGUUUUUUCCUUAGACGAGCAGCAGCCAGCCUCAACUUCAUCGACAGCUUCGACAGUAUCAAGUGUAGGCUCAAACCAAUUAGCUUUUGAGGAACGACUUCGGCGGAGCGCACACGACCUUGAGGUUACGCAAGCAAAUGCGGCUCAGCAAGCCGAGAAAAUGGAGAAGUUUCUUCUUCACUUGCUGUCAUCGCCAUGA